AUGGCUGCUGUUUCCAAGAGGCUAUGGGUGCUCUGGACGAACCUCUGGAUGAUAGCUCUGGUCACAGGUGGAAUCUCAGCAGCCGAGAACAGCACUUGGAGCAAUGCAAAUGCUACAUGCUCCAGGUCCCACCAGCACCCGCGCUACGUGGCAGCCAAGAGGAACACGCCCGUCCACUUCAUCUGCUACGCUCUCGAGCCUGAGCACAUGCAGUGGUACAAAAUGGUGGAGGGCAGCAACCAUCUCUACAAGCUGGAUGGCAGCACCUCCCACUUCAGUGUAGAGUGGAAGGAGAACUUCAUCAACCUCACCAUCUUCAGGAUCACCUAUGAGGACAAUGGCAUCUACGUGUGUGACAGUAAAAACCUCACGGAGGAGAAGAAGCAGACGCACAUAUGUGGGACCGAGCUCAGAGUCACGGGUUACAGCAACAUCCAGCAGGUCCAGAGCAGGAACACCCUGAAAGACGCUAUCAUCAUCAUCCAGUCCAUCCUGCUGGUCAUCUUCAUCAGCGUUCCCAUGCUCUUCUUCCUAGAUAAAGGUGACGGCAAGGAAAGCCCCGAGGAGGACCACACUUAUGAGGGCCUGGAAGUGGAACAGAUGGCCACCUACGAGGACAUUACUCCUUUCCGGGAUGUGAAGGCCAAAUGGACAGUAGGGGAGCAUCCGGGUGAGGAGUGA